ACCUGAGACCGCGUCCACCGGAGGGUCAGGCUGGUAUCUUUUGAGGACCUGUGCGUGGCCGGUUGUGGAGUCGGUUACGGAAACCCGCUCGGCCGCAUAGGCAGGGCCGCCUUACUCCUCUCACACCCUAAGGGUCACAGGAGCUCUGAAAAAAUAAGAUGUGAGCCUGGAAGAAGAUCUGAAGAUAAAAUCCUAGUCUUUACCCAUAUUUGAAAGAUGGAGCUUCAACAUUCUCAGAAAGGCCUGGACUGCCCGGAACUUGGUCUGUGACCUCAGGGAAAUCACUUAGCCUGCACUGCCUUUUACAGUGGAAGCUGGGAGGCCAGCAGCCAGCCCCAGGAUCAGCACAGGAUUAGGGGAGCUGAGGAACGUGUCGGGCUUAGCCCGGGCCUGGCAUCCUGAGAGCAUACAGUGGACUGCUGUGGCUGUUGCCAUUGCCCCUGUGCCAUUGCUCAUGGCCCAGCAGCUCUGAUCUUACUUGGUCGUGUGGAUUUUCCUCUGAAUGGACCAGCUGUUACUGGCUUUGUGAAGUACAGCCACACUCGUUAACUGACAAGAGCAAAUGCAAUGCAAAAUAAUAAUUAAAAAAAGCAAGUAAAUAGCAAACAGGCUGUAGGGAGAAGCUGGUUCUUGGUGGGCUUCAACAAGGAAGGUCCCUUAGGGAUGUGUUGCAUGUCACCACUGAAGAAGAGCGAACAGAGAAGAGGUGGACAGGAGGGUCAAUGACGUCCUGGAGUGCUCCUUAAGGAGAGAUGAAAGAAGGAUAUUUGCCUCUGGCUGAACUCUGGGACUGGAGUAAAGAACCAGCAGGUGAACAAGGGCUUGCCUGAACCUCCCAGGCUCAGUGUCCAGCCUGGACCCUGUGUCUCCCCUUUCCUUUCAUUCAUGUCUCUUUCCUACAUCUUCACUGUCACACUGGACUGGCAGCCACACAGCCUGUCUCAAGUGCCUUGAAAUGUGUUGAAUGGAUGUGGCACAGUCCUUGGCAGAGUGACAGUACUCCAUAGGAAUUUGUUUGUUCCCUUGGUGUGGAAAAUGGCAGGCAAUGAGCAAUGACGUAAUGACUAAUAACCUAAGAUGCUAUUUAUUAUUGGGUAAAGGAAUGCUGCUGUUAUAUUUGCAUACACACUCCCAAACUGAUUCUUCAAAAUGAGGACCAGACCUGGCCCCUCCACAUGAGAGAUCCUGAAGGGAGAAGACAAGCUGAGCUCCAGGAGCCAUAGUGCGUGAGGAUCUCUGGCUCAGGACUCAGGUGUGAAAAUGGAGUCUGAAGACCAGGAAAGAGACGAGCCCCAGUGCUGCUCAGAAGACUUUACCAGAAGCCCCCAGGAGCCAAACAUGAGCCUCCCCACAAUGAGCUCUCCCUAUUCAUGUGUUGAGACAACCCCACUAUGACAUGCAUUCGAGGAGUCCCUAUCUCUGGAGAACCCUUUACAGCAGUGAAUAAACCUCAUACUGGGGAGGUCUCCGACUUGAAUCAGCAGGUGUGGAUCCUUCAGGGUCAGACCAUUGUGACAGUUCCACGGAGUAACAGUGUAACCCCAGUCACUGUCACUGUUAUCCCAUGCAAGUAUCCAGAGUUGCUUGAGCAAGGAAGAGGAAUUCCCAUUUAUUUGGGAAUAGAGAAUCCAGAUAUGUGUCUGUCUUGUGAGAACAUAGAAGGGCAGCCCACUUUGCAACUGAAGGAGGAGGAGUUACUGGAUCUGUACAACGAAGUCAAGCCCGUGGAGCCCUUCCUCUUUUACCACUCAAAGAAUGGCAGGACCUCCACCUUCGAGUCCGUGGCCUUCCCUGGCUGGUUCAUCGCCUCCUCUGACAGAGGCCACCCCAUCUUCCUCACUUCGCACCAGGGGGGAGUGUACAAUGUUAACUUCAAUUUAAAUAUCAACGCUUGAACUCAGGCUUGAGGGGGCAGCUUGGUCAGAGGUCUUUGUGUUAAAUUUUCGAGUUCCCAGUGUGCUUUCCUCUAUAUUAUCUCAGGGUCACUUUCACAUCAGUGCUGAGAGGUGGGCAGGACCCUGUUAUCACCGCACUUUAUGAAUGACUUCAUGGCAACUGAGGCAUAGAAUGUGGGCUCAGACAUAGGAGGGAAGGGUGAUGUGAUGUAAGGUUCUGUCAGGCCGAAGCUGUUCAUCCCACAGCCAUCCCACCGUAUGAGUACGAGAAAUGUCAGGACCCAAAGACAUUAGGGCAUUCCCUGGGGCUGGAUAUGGAGAAGGCUCAGAGCUUAUGAAUCUUACCCAAGACCAGGUGACUAGUGCGGAACUGAUUGUUUUUGUUUUGCUUUGUUUCCUUUCCUAUUUGGAAUAUAUUUUCCAUAUAGUUUGUAUGUUGCUAGUAUAUCUCAAGUUGUAUAAUGUAUCCUUUUAAAGGUUAAAGAACUUUUAAAGAUAAAUAAUUCUUAAUAAUAGUUAAAUUAUGUUUUUUCCUAAUUCUAAUAUGUAAACAUAAGGCCAAAUAUAAACUUCAUGUUUUUACACAAUAAGAAAGCUAACACUAAGAUAUAAAAUGAAAUAGCAAGCAUAGUAAACUGAAAUUAGCAAGAGUAAUUGAAUGAGGAUAGCUCUGUGGGUGAGCCUGGGACCGGGGCUUAGCUGGGGGGAGGAGGACCCCUGUCACUGCUGAUAGGCUGGGGAGGAAAUGAUGCAUGUAAAAGAGAACUAUUAUUUCACUACUUUCUGUACAGUCUCACAGCCUUGAUUUCUUUGCCUCUUCUAGACUUUUCCUUUUAGGCAUACUCACCAUCCACAUAAUCCCUUUAAAAACUGCAGGAAAGGUCCCUUUCUCUGGAACAGAGAGCCUCGCUUUUUCACCAGCCAUGCUUCAGAUGAUGUAUUCUGAUGAAAUCUGUUGAAAUUAAAUCACUGAUUGUGAAUUUAAUUGUAGAAAGAUGUAGCUCAGAUAUGGUUCUGUAUAUAAUACAUUUCUUAUUUUGUCUCUGAUGUUACAAAUGCAGAAAAUUCUAUUUGCUUAAAUACAAUUUCCAAAAUAGUACCAGUAAAUUAAAUUUUUUUUUCUACUUUUGGACAAUCAGACCACAUACUCUACUAGCCAGGCCAGUAAGCAAUCAGUAAGCACCGAUUUAAUGCAAGGUCUCUUGAUUCUUUAAAGUUUUCUUCUUCAAUUACGUAUAGUUUUAGCAUUGUGGUUUUAUAAAAAACAACAUUAAAAUGGGCACUGAGCUAAUUCUGGGAUAUUAAAUAGAAUACUUGGUUAUUGAAUAUUUAUGACUAUCCUCACUGCUAAUAAAUGGUGGCAGUGUCUUACAUCUGCCAAUUUACAUUGUUACAUUGUCGGUUGUUACAUCUGACAGUUGGGAUCCAAUGACACAUUUGCUUGUGACAGGAUUAUGGUCUGAGUGUUACAGCAUCUCCAGACUACUACAGGCUGUGUGGUGAUUCCAAUGUCCCAUCUCUUUUCUCUACCACCAAAACUGUUCAUGCAGACACUGUGACACUUUGGGUUGUCACUUGGCACAGAUUUGAGCCCAAACAAAGCUCAAAUAUGAGUCUUGGUGCCAUGUAACUGGCUAUCCUGAUGAUCCAGAAGAGGUUCUGAUAACAUACUGAGAGUGUAAUCAAAAUGGAAACAUAGUAAUCUCAUAGUUUGUGGAACUGGAGAACAGACUUCCAGGGAUCCCGUGACUUAUCCGUCACAUUUGAGAAAGACCACAGCAUAUGAAAUUGUGGAAGGCUCCUGUGAGUAGCAACAUCCUCAUUUUCAGGUUUAUGGCCUGGUGAACAUCUAGUUUUCACACAUUUGAAUAUCAAAUGCUCUGACAUUUGAGUUCUGGGAGCUCCAGGCCAACAUUCCUUGAAGGAUUUGGUUCUUUUGGGUCUUUAGCAAUGGAGUGGCAUAAGGGGCUUGAUGCAUUGUGUUGGGGGAGGUCAUCGAGAGGAUAUGACCACCAGUUGACCCAUGAGCUGGACUCUGGCAGUUGGAGGCUCCUUACCCCCUCCCCUGUCCUUGCAAUGUGUGUGUUCUGCUUGCCUUUCCUGCUCCCAGAAGCUGCCCCAAAGACAUAAGCCUUGAGAUAGUGAUGUGAUGUUGAGAUACUGGUUGGUAUAUGUGGCCCAACCCAGUUAAAGCCUCUCUCUAUAUUUUUAAUAUUCUAGAGAUCUACUUGUCUUGCAGCCACUCAAAGACAAGCGUUGUAUGUGAGUUUCCUUGUUUAUUAAAUUUGCCACCUACCGAUCUGGGGUGAAUCAUCUCUUUCCUUUUGGUCUCAAUCCUGACCCCCACAUAUGAGGACCAGUUUCACAUUAUACCCAGGAAGCUCCUGAGGAGGUGUAAUCUGACAGAUUACACUGAGAGAAGGGCUUUGGAUUCUGGUAAGGAAUUAAGAACCUUGUCACCAAAAUCACAACUGCAGUGAAACUGUUGAGUGGGAUGUUUUUCUGCUUUGGGAAUCAUAUCUUCUGGCACCAGGACUGCUAAAAGACCAAAGACUGCUUCCUGAAGCUGGACCUGAUGGUACCGUCCCUGAACUCAUGAAUGACUGGGCAUGAGGGACCGAAGAUGCUACCUCCAGGACCCUGAGAACAGUGGCUGUAAUAAAUAAUUCUUCAUGUCAAUAAAACAUUACUUUUUCUUUCUCAGACUUUAAAAAGUUGUUUAAAAGAACAUUCUUCCAAAACAAUACAUGUCUAUGAUUAAAAGUGAUAUUCUUCUGCCCUGAUCCUGUUUCUGUGAUGUAACUGUUAACUCUUUUUCAGCUCUUUUUUCAGUUUUCUUC